CAAGAGCAUCAGCUUGCAAACACAUUGCACUGUUCUCUACAGGAAAUGUUAAAAAGCCAUCAGGAGUGUCUUGAGAAUCAGAGGGAAGCGUUGAAAGCCAGACAGAGGAAUCUGGCUGCACAGCAAUCAGAAAUCACAAAAAAGUCCUCUAUGAUAAAGGAGGACAUAAUACAGAAACAUAAGGAGAUCCAAGGCAUACUGGACCAGGACUUGAGGAUCACACUGUCGCACCUUGAGGCCGAGGAGUGGGCUGCUGUCUCAAGUGUGGACUGGCUUAUGGAGAGGAACUGGUCUCUGAUCCAGGAGAUAGAACGAGGCCUGGAUGGACUCACGCUGACACUGGACCACAUGGACGCACACGCCGACGUUACGCCUUGGCUUGAGCACCAAAGCAUGGAGGUGGUUCACAGAGCAGCGAAUGUGCUCAGCAACUCGGACCCUUGCAGUGUGAGAUUGGAUGAGUCAACAGCAGAGCAGAUCUUCAGGCUCUCCAACAACUUGCUUCUGCUUAUCUCCUCCCACACGCCUGUGAUGAAGACGCUUGUCCAAAGCUAUUCCAGCUAUGUGUGCUUGGAUCCAGACACAGCCCACCCCAAGCUGGUCAUCUCCCCAGAAGGCGACAGUGUCACCUACACAGACACUUGGAAGCAGUUACCUGACACCCCUUCACGCUUUGACGCCACGCUCAAUGUCAUCAGCUCGCAAAGCUUCAGCUCCGGCCGCCAUUACUGGGAGAUGGAUGUGACUGGGAAGACCUACUGGGAGAUUGGAGUCACGUAUCCCAGCAUUCCUCGCAAAGGCACCACUGAGGACUGCUGGUUGGGACGUGGAGAUGAGUCCUGGUGUGUGGAGUUAUUUAAUGGGGAGUAUACAGCCUGGCAUCGAGGGGUGCCCCAUCAGCUGCCUGUCUCAAAGCACUUCUGUCGAAUUGGAGUUUUGUGUAGUUUUCCUUCUGGGUCGGUGAUAUUCAUUGGGGCCGAUGAUAUGACGCCUUUGUUCUGCUUCUGUGCAGGGCGCUUCUCGGACUGCCUUCACCUGGCCUUGUGUCCUGGCCAAGCCGACCAUGGAACCAAUGCUAACCCUAUUGUCAUCUGUAAUGUAGCAUCUCCACGUCCGUGUGUUCAAGGUGCUAACAAAUACCCACAGGGGCCUCAUGGAAACAUUGAAAGUAAUUGA